AUGGGGUUUAGUAAGUCUAUACGAUUGGACAAUUCAAAAUCCAAGUUGCUGUCUCCAUCGCCGCGCAAGCUGCAGGACGACGCCAUGUCGUCGGACGAAGAGUUUGAGAAGUUCCUUCAAGGAGACUCGGAAGACGAGCAAACGGCGUUUGCCAAGACCAAGAAGAAGGUCGCCAAGAAGAAGAAACACCCCCCAUCGUCAUCCAAGUCGAAAGCAAACGAUGCAAAGCCUGCCGCAGCAACCACGACACUUGACGACAGUGCCGAUCCAUACAACUUUGACAUGGCUCCACCUGCCUUUUCCCGCAGCAGCGACGAAGAAGAACUCGAGCGACAGAAGGCAAAGAAGAAGAAACAGUCCGAGAAAGCGCCGCUUGUGAAGAAGGUGUCGCUGGAAGACCGCAUGGCGGACAUCUUGAAGCGCCAUGGGAGCUCCAUGGCCGAGUCCUUUGCCAAACCCGUCGAAGUUGUCACCCCAUCAGACGUCCCAUCCCUUAAGGCGGACAAUGAAGACGAGAGCAAGAAUGACGCGGCCUCUGAACAUGCCCAGAGUAGCUCAUCAUCGGAUUCACUUGGCAUGGAGUCUGCCGACUUUGAAGUCGGUGGAUAUGCCAAGAAGUCAUCUGUUCCAGUCAAGAGCGCUCCACCACCAUCAGCAAUACUUACCAAGGAUCAGGACGACACGACGUUUCGCGUCAACCAACCAUCCGUACCGCCAUCGUCACAAACAGAUCGGUUUCGAUAUGCAGCCGCAUCGACUGAAGAGCAUUCUGAUUUGGAUGAUCAUAACGAAGAGGUCGAUUACCAUCACUCGGUCGGCACUCCCGCCUCAGCUUCCCCGCCAGAACUGUUUUCACGACCGGUCGAGGCCGAAUACGCCACGGACGAGUUUGAACCAUCGACUGCUCCAACAACCCAAGACAACACCCUAGCCAACACGGACUUGGACAAGUACGACGACGACGAGUUUGAAGACUCGGAGCCGCCGUCGCCUCCGCCAUCGCCACGGCAUCCCGACCGCUUGUCGCCUGGCCCGCCGCCACCACCACCACCUCCUCCACUAACUCCCACGUCGAUCCCCGUCGUUGCCAUGCCCGCAUUCAGCUUGGCAGCACUGCCAGAUGAUCUCGAACCCCCUCCGACUCUGUCGUUCAAGUACGAUCUCCGCUCCAAAGUGGAAACGAUUGGGUCUGUGGAUGGUGUCGAGGACGUCAGUUCCCCGCCUUUGGAUCGAGACCAACCCGCCAUGGAACCAGCAUCCACCGACCCAAAUCCCCCAACCCUUUGCACGACACAAGGGAAAUUGGAGCCUGCUCCAUCCAUCGUUCCCCCCCCUCCCCCUCCUCCAUGUUCCACCGCCGCGCCGUUUUCCAUGAUGAUGGCGGCAGUGCCAGGCUCUGUUGUUAUGGCCACUGCUUCUAAUGUAGUACCCCAACCUGAGACCCCUUGUAUAGCUCAGAAUGAACUCGAGCGGCCAUCACCACCGGACCACCACCAACCAACACAGUCAAACACAGCCAAUGAAAUCGCAGCCAAAUUUCACUCGUUGCAAACGACGCUGAAUCAAUCCAAUGCGUCGGUCCACACCACGGACACCCACGCGUCGAUUGAUAAGUACCACUUGCGCACGCCAUAUUCGACCAAAGAAAACCAGAUCAAACUGCAGCUCCAGGCCGCCCAGAGGGAGAUUUUAGCUCUGCGACACCAAUUGGCCACGUCUGACCAGGACGUCCACACGCUGUCGCAGGCGCGAUCCCACGUUGUCACAAGUACCAGUGGAGGCGUGCACAUGACUAGCCAAGCCUGGGACGCUCUACGCAAAGACAUGGAUUCGCAAGAAGCGUUGAUUCAGGGGUAUCAAGUCGAGAACGAGCGGCUCAUGCACCAACUCCGCGACGUCCGGCGGGAUCUGCAGUAUGACGUGCACGUGACCAACCAAGAGCUCCAGGCCACGAUCAAAGAUCUGCGCCACCAACUAGACACCCAACCGCCCCCCCCAUCUGGAGCCCAUCCCUUGACCGCUCAACUACGGGCGGAAGGCCGUGUAUUGGAGCUACAAGAUGAGCUGCAUCAUGUUCGGAAAGAUCACAGUCGCAGAGAACGAGAGCUCAAGAUGGAGCUAGAACAAGUGAAAAAAGCCAAAGUGGACGUCGAGUGCCGCGUGGGAGGCGUCCAUAUGGCCACCCUCCAGCAACAAAACGAAGCAUUUGAAGCAUUCAAACGACAGAGCGACAUCAACCUUCACGACGCCCACGCUCAAAUCACAUCGCUGCAGUCGAAACUCGAAUGGUAUGUGCAAAACCAGCGUUUCAUCGACGAUCAAGACGAACUGGUCAAGCAACUGCAGCACUCGAACGAGCAACUAAAGGAGCAACUCCACCACUUGACGAGUACUAACAAGGCCAAGUCGCAUCGCCCGUCUAGUAGUACUACCGACAAGCGGCGCAUUCAGACUUUGGAGGCUCAACUGAAGGACAUGCACGUGGCGAUGCAAAAGCGCCAUCCAGACAGUUUGGUGAAUUUGAUUCUGGCGUCGAAACCUGACGACGUGGUGGCGCAACUGGAGCGCCAGAUCCAGCAACUGCACGACCAACGCCUGGAAAUAGAAGCGCAGCACGAGGUGAAACUCACGCGGUUUCGCCAGCAGCACGAGCGCGUGGUGCAGCAACUUCGACAGCAACUUGAGAGUAAGCCAAACAUGGACGACGAAUCCACCGAAUCAGUCGCCACUGUGCGGCGGUUCUACCUGGCCAAAAUCAAGGAAUUGGAACGAAGGCUGGAACAAGCCAAAGGACAACCACCACGACAAUUGGACAAAGCAAGUGAGCCACUGACCAAUACAGUGGUCCCGUCUGCGACACUGGAGCAACUACGAGAGCAACACAUGGAGCGGGAGCUGGCGCUGCAGCGUCAACUAGACGACAGCGAAAACGCUCGACGGCAAUUGAUUCAUGCGUUUAAUUUGGGCAACACCACACAUCCCCAAGGCAGCAACACCACACAUCCCCAAGACAUUUCAGCACAAGUACGGGAAAAGGAAGCCAAGGACGAUCAAGCUCACGUGGCCAAAGCAGCCAUGGAUGCAUUGAAAGAUGCCCACAACGCCCAGAUGCAGCAAGCAAAGGACAUCUGGCACGAAGAACUUUUGCACUUGUCCGACAAACUAUCAGCUUCGCAAGCGGAUUGCCGCAAGUACGCCGACGUGGCCGCGCAGGUGCCGAUAUUGGAGGCCGCCGUGCAGUCAUUGGAAUCGCGGCUGUCGGUCCCCAACACUCCGUCCAUGCUGCAGUACCACGCGCUCGAGAUGCAAAUUCACACGCUCACUCAAAAGCACGCGAUUCGCGAGACCGAGCUGCACGUGUUGCUCCAGAACGCCACGCAGAGCAGCAAAAUGGAGGUGAUGCAGCUGCAGCAACGCCACGAACAAGCCAUGGCCGUCAAACGCGCAGAAAUCGCUUCAUUUCAAGCCCAGCUCGACGAGAUGUUGGCCGAAUUGAAGCGGCUGCACCACCAGCACCCCUAACUUUGUGAAACGAUGCUACUACGUAGUAGUAGUACUAGGGUACAAUAUGUGUACUAGUAGUACCCACGACCAAAAACUGUCCACGAUCAACUACUUAGCGACUCAUAAUGACCUGUUCAGUGGAUCUAGUACUACUACUACUACUAUUACUUUUGAUCGAGUUGCACUCCCUUCCG